CUUGAGUUGAGAGCAGUCGUGUCGACUGUCGACAACUCGACAUAUCCCAAACUCUCACCGAGCCUUCCAAGCAAAACACAACCCGACUCCUUCGGUCCUUCCCCUCUCCGAUCCCCAAUCGGCCGACCUCUCGAAUCCCUAACCCUAAUCCGCCGCCGCCGCCGCCACCGCCACCACCGCUGCGAUGCUCCGCUCGCCGGGCCACUCGCCCCGUCACCUCUCGCCAUCACCGUCCCCCGCGCCUUCCACCCCGCGCCCUCCCUCCCCGACACCCUCCUCCGCCUCCGCCGCCGCCGCCGCCGCCGCAGCCACCACCUCCUCGAAGCGCCGCCGCCCGGAGGUGCUCGACGAGGACACCUACGUCGCCGCCAUCGAGCGCAUCAUCGAGCGGGACUUCUUCCCGGACCUCCCCCGCCUCCGGGACCGCUUCGACUGGCUCCAGGCCGUGCGGUCCCGCGAUCCGCUCGUUCUCCGGGACGCGCAGCUCAAGAUCCUCGACCGCCGCCGCCGCCUCCAGCGCCAGAGGACGGGCCCCGUGCCCACCCCGACGCCGGCCACCUCCACCGCGCUCCGCUCCCCCUCCUUCCUCACCACGCCCGCCGGCUCCGUUGCCGGCGGCGCGGGCGCCCCUGAGGAGGAGGAGGACGAUGAUGUCGCGGCCGCGCUCUCCCUCGACGGCUUCUUCAACCGCUUCACCAGCGAGGACAACGAGUCCUUCUCGCGCAUCCUCGAGAAGGUCAACCACCGCCGCCACGAGCGUUACGCCCACCUCCUGGAGCCUGCCGAGGCAGCAAAUAAACCCUUGUUGGAGGACGCCAAGCGCGACAGGAUAACAGAUGGGUAUGGUUCAUCGGGGCAGCCACCGAGUACAUUGGAGGGCGCCAAGUUCACAGCGAAGAACCUGCUCAUGUACUACCCUGCUGACCGAGGAGAGGCGCCUCUCACAGAAGAGGAGCGCGCAGAGCGGAUCAAGGGGAUGACCAAGGAGAUUGACAAGUCAAACACCAGGUUACAUGGGAGAGCCAUGGCUGAUGAUGCAAGGCCCAAGGAGGAAGAGGCUGCCAUACUGUAUGCACCGGUUGCAGGCACCACUCCAGGAGGGAUGGCAUACCAUGAUCCCGACAAAGCGAAGAAGUAUGAUUUGGAGGAUCUGAGGAAGACGCCAAACCCGUUCUACCUUGAGUCAGACAAAAAGGCCAACAACGGGUAUACUUUUGUGAGGACACCAUCACCAGCACCUGGUGUGGAUGAGUCGCCAUUCAUGACAUGGGGUGAGAUUGAUGGAACACCACUGAGGUUGGAUCCUGAUGAGACGCCAGGUGGUUCUGGGGGUAGUGAGACAGUGCAUUUCAAGAUCCCACCGCCUCCUGCUCGCGAUGUGAAGGCACACCUGCUUUCAAGGGAUGCAGCACGGAAGAUAAAGGAGCGUUCAAAAAUUUUCCACAAGCCACCGUUGCCAUCCCCUGUGAGGGGAGGCAGUGCAAGUCCCAGAACCCUCUCACCUGCAGCGCAGAAGUUUGUACGGAACGCCAUCUCAAAGUCGGCAAAGUCCUCUAACACUAUUGAUGAGUCUCUCCGUGCAAGCUACAGAGGUUCAACCCCAUCUGGAAGCACUCCCAAGACAAGGUUUUCAAGAGAUCCAGGCCUUGGAUCGCGGUCUCCAUCAACAAGUGAUCCAGAUGCCAGAUUUGUUUACAUCUCCAGGAAGACUAGAGGCGUACUGUUUGUUCAAGUGCGGAAAAAAGGUGAAUUGAGUUAGGCCAUUCUGUGUCAAUUGGAGCUAUCAGAGAAUAGUUUGCUUUCUACAGUACAAUUGGUUAUGUGCUGGUGGAAUGAUGCUGGGGAGCAUAUGGGUUCUAUACUCAGUUGCAAUUCUUGGUUUCCCAGGUUCUCCCAGUUCUUUCGCCUGUUUUAGAAAAGUUCUUUUGCCUGCUGCUGAUGGAAAUUUGAAUCCGCCACUGCAUGCUGAGAACUUGAAAAUAAAUGUUGAUGGUGCCUCACUUUUCAUCAUUGAUCAACACAUUUAGUUUGGUUGUGGAUUUGUAUUGCGAGGCUAGUGGGAGGAGCAUUUCAGACUCCUACAGUAGCUGGAGACAUGGACUUUUUAAUGCAGUGAGGCAUGCAACAGCAGGCAUGGCCAUGAUGGUAGGGUUUCUCAUUGGCUCAUUUCUCUCGUUUAUGUGGUAGUCUUUUGCCUAUGUUCAAGCAGUCUUUGAAUUCCUUUGGAACCAGACGGGCUAUGUUUUGGGGCUGGAAGAUACUCCCAAGCUUUGUAAUGGUUGUGGGUUACUCAGAGUAUGGCUUAGCCAGCCCAGUAACGGCUCCAUCUCAGAGAAUAAAAGAUGGUCAACACACCAUGUUCAGGUACA